CCAUGGACGCUGCAGGUGAUUUAGCCACCGAGCUAGUGUCAAGCUAACAGAGCGCUAUAUCGCCGUCCAGAAUGGCCAAACAACGAGGCGACCUCGUCGGAGAUGUUUUAUUUUCGUUGGACUUUUUAGUGGAAUUCAUUAAAAUCAACGAAGAGAAGACAGUCUCGGACGAGCUCGCUGUUGCGGUUCGACUGUUGGACUUUCCGACGCUGAUCGUUUAUCCACCUGAGCAGAGGCGCAGCCACAAUCGACGUGAAUAUGUUUUCAACAGAGGCAAGUCGUGUUCGUUCAGAAUGAAUCUGGACUCUCUGUAUUCACAACUGUCCAGCAACCCCCUGUCUGUCAUGGUUUUAGACGUGAAAGAGGAAAUCCCAAAGCUAUUAGGGACGUGCUUCAUUCCACUGGAAAAAGUUGUGGGCAGAGUCAGACAGACUGUUGCAGGAGUUGGUGUUUCUUCACAUGGAGAACGGGGGACAGUAACUCUGCGAGACCUCAAAGGGGACACCUCCGGAUCUAUGACUUUGAGUUAUAAACUGUCUGCUGCAGGAGCUUCUUUACAACCUCGUGUGAUGGAGAAUAAUCAUCUAGACUAUGUUUCAACGGACAAACUACCUGCUCCACUGGCUUCCUCGGUAAAGGCUCGAACUUCAGCAGGUGAUGAAGCUCCUUUAUCCAUACAGGAUGAGACUGAUACAGCUGACAUCCGGUUGCAAAAUGCAAAUCAUUUAAAAACUGAGCAAGAGCAACAUUCUCCUCCGGUCAACGAUGAGAAUAACAGUGCGAAUGUAUUCUGCCCUCCUUAUCUUUACUUCUGCAACACUGGUGACAACAAACUAGAGGGAUGGGACACUAACAUUCCACAGGAGGCUGAGACGUAUAAGGACUCUUGCUCUGAAGAUGGAUCUGAACAUCCUACAGUGAGGGACGUUAAAGUCGGACCACCUGCAAAGAGUUCGAAAGACUCCGUCGUGGAAAAUGUCUCUGGAGAUGCUAUAAGACAGUUGCCGCUAUUAAACGCUCUUCUUGUUGAGCUGUCACUGUUAACUAGCCAAAGUCCACACCAGGCGUUGUCCAUUCAUCCCAAUUUGGCAUGUAUUUAUCGUCCAAUUUCCACAGACCCUGCAGCCGCACAGGUCAGCGCACCACGGAAUACCAAGCAGCAGGCUUUCCCUUCUCCUAGAUACCACUCCACACCAGUCACAAGUCCUAACAGAGCCCAUGAAAGCGUUCAGAAAAAGGAAGUGUUUGAAAAUAAAAACGCAAAAUCGGUAAGGAAGAAGCUGGUGUAUCGAACAACGAGAACUUUCAAUCUGCGGCUUCAGAAAAAUUCUGCAGCGUUAAACCAGCGUGAGUGUGUGAUGCUAGUACAGAACUCGUGCAAAGAAAGUUUUGUGAAAGUUAAAGCAUCAAGCAAGAAAGAAUCUGUAAAACAUGAUGUAAAUGUGCACAGCAGUCUGGCAGAUUUGAAAGUUUCGACAGAAGAAGACAGAAAAUCUCCUCAAAUUCCACAGUUGCCACUUCCUGUCCCCAGUGAGGAUGUUGUCCCACUUCAGGACAGUACUGAGCAUCACAGUAACUCAAACCUCUCACAUUCUGAGUUAGAAGAUGAAAAGAGUCAUUCAUCCAGGCGAAGUCAGCGCAGCCCUGUGAAAUCUUCCUACUCAGCAUGCAGCAGUGAAGACAGAGAGGAGGCAAACUAUGCUGAUGAUUUCAAUAGUCUCGACCCCACUGACUCGUGCUCGCCUGACCUGGCCAGCAGUCCAGAGCGCACUCGAGCCCGGGUGCCUGCAUCACCGACUCAUCCUGACAAUUGUGAGUCAGAUUCAGAUGCAGCUCUGAGGAGAAAUGCCCUUCCUGUGCCCAAAUGGGCUGACUGUUCUCCACACCAGACGCAGGGUGCAGUACAAGCUGCAACUGCGGUACGUGCACCUCUCUUUUCCUCUGAUGAAAGCGACACGGUGGGUUCAACUCAUUCCAAGAAGACAUCGACGGAGAGCAUCAGAGGAGAUGGCGCUUCCUUUAAAGACAGUGACGGAUCACAGGAGGGACAAAAGAGGAGGAUGAGGAAGAGCAGCGGACGUUCAACAGAAUCACUUUCCUCUUUUCAUCACUUAUCAGAAGAGGAAGAGAAGGAUGAACUUGGAACGCUGGAUUUGAGAAAAGAAUAUCAACAUAUUUCAAAGCUUGUGGCCAAUAAACUGCCUGGAUACACCAUGUGAACACU